AUGUCCCGCAUCAUCCAGAGCUUGGUAACCUUCAAUGAUGUGGCUGUGGAAUUCACCCCAUGGGAGUGGGGCCAGCUGGGUCCUGCACAGACGCACCCAUACAAGGAAGUGAUGUUGGAGAACACUGGGGACCUGGCCUCUGGUGGGAGGAUGGGCAAGAGCCCUGUGUCAGAGACAGAACUUGAAAUGGGAACUCACCCAAACUGGAAAAGAAGACUUAAAGCAAAGGAAUCAUGAUCAAGUCAAAGAAUUUCCAAAAAAGAAUUAUUCCAGAAAGCAUCAGUGAAAAAACACAUUAAAGAUGUCCUGUGGUCCUCCACACUGAACACAACCUGUGGUAGUGAUGAUUCUAGGUCAGAGAUGCAACAGAUAAUACAGAGACACUGGAAAGAAACCUCAGUCACUCACAAAUCCACCACCCCUAGGAAAGAUCAUGAAUGCAAUGAAUUUUGAAAUUUAGGCUGUAGACUCGUCCUUACAUCUAAACUUAACCAGCACAGUAUUCCCACAGGAGAAAAAUUAUAUAAACAAGAUGCAGAAUUCAAACAAACUUCAGUUAGAGGAAACUCUCAGAGAACCCACCCUGGGAAGAAAUCUUGUACUUGUAAUGAAUAUGGGAAAGCCUUUCACUUUCAUGCAGAACUAAGACACUAUCAGAGAUAUCACAACGGAGAAAAGCCCAAUGAAAGCACUGAAUGGAGAGCCUUUGGCCAUAUUUUAUCCCUUCUAAAAAAUCAGAGAACUCACACUGGAUAAAAGACCUAUGAGUGUAGUGAAUGUGGGAUAGUAUUCAGCCAGAGUUCAUCUCUUGUUCUACAUUAUAGAUUUCAUACUGGAAAGAAAUCCUACAAAUGUAAGGGACAUGGACAUACCUUUGGUCAUAUUUCAUUCCUUAUUAAACACCAGAGAACUCAUACUGGAGAAAAGCCCUAUGAAUGUAGGGAAUGUGAGAGAAUCUUAAGCCAGAGUUCUCUCAUAGUACCUUACAGAUUUCAUACUGGAGAGAAACCCUACAAAUGUAAUGAAUGUGGAAGGGUCUUUGCUCAUACUACCGACAACGCCAAGACAAGUGAUCUACAGGCACAUUCAUCUGCCGGCUUUUACAAUGCCCUGCUCACGGGCCCCUGGAAUGGGCGUCUAGAAGUCUCCAGUCACGGCCCCAAACCUGUGGUCACCUGGCUCCACAGAACUAUACUGAACCCUCUGCACCUGAAGCAGCAUCGAUCAUCCCAUGGGAAGCAGACUGCUCCCAGAAGCAAUAAGGACUUCUCUGGGGCCGCCGCCUUUUAG